CUGGUGAGACCAGAAGUUUCAAGCUGCACUUGUGUAAUGCAGUCACCACACCCCUUCCCUGUGCCUUGUGCUGACAUUGUCUGCUUGAGCCAGCACACAGCAGGCUGUUGAAACCACAGACACAGCAACAUAACAGGGAGUAAAGGGAGUCAGAAGAAAAGCAAAUCUCUUGGAUGUCUCUCAUGGAUACCAUUGGGGUCGGAACGUUGCUCCUUCUGCUCAUAACCAGCAUUUUCAUCUAUAUGACAUGGAACAAAAUGUACAAGAAACGGAACCUUCCUCCAGGUCCAACACCUCUACCGCUGAUUGGAAAUUUUCUAAAUAUAAAGAUGGGUGAACUGGCAGGAUCAUUAAUGAAGCUGAGAGACCAGUAUGGCCCAGUCUAUACGUUGUUUUUUUGCAUGAGGCCUGUGGUUUUUAUUUGUGGAUAUCAGGCGGUGAAGGAAGCCCUUGUAGAUCAUGCAGAGAUAUUUGGCAUUCGUGGAAGAGUUCCUUCAAUCGAUAAAUUUACUCAGGGAUAUGGAAUUGGUUUUGCAAAUGGGGAACGAUGGAAGCAAAUGCGACAGUUUUCAUUUAAGACUCUAAGGGAAUUUGGACUUGGGAAGAAAAGCACAGAGUUGAAGAUUCAGGAGGAGGCACAGAAUCUGGUGAAUGAAAUCAAAACAAUAAAUGGUUUACCAAUAGAUCCAUCAAAACUGAUUAUGGGUGCUGUAUCCAGAGUAUUUUGUUUUAUUAUAUUUGGAAACCAAUUUGAGUACGAAGAUGAAAAAUUAACAAACAUAUUCAGUUUUGCAAAAGAGAUCGCUAGACUUAUGGGCACACCUUGGGCACAGUUGGAGGACACACUUCCAGAGGUGAUGAAAUACAUCCUAGGGCCACACAAAAAGAUCAUAGAUGUAUCAGAAGAACUGGUUGAGUGUAUAAAAAAGAGAGUGGAGAUCAACCAAGCAACAUUAGAUCCUAACUGCCCCAGGGAUUAUAUUGAUUGUUUCCUUAUUAAGAUGGAACAGGAAAAACACAAUCCUAACACAGAGUUCACCAUGAGAAAUCUCUUGAUAUCGGUUCACAAUCUGGUUCUUGGUGCUACUGAUAGUGUUGGUAUCACACUGAGGCACGCAUUCUUAAUAUUACUGACAUAUCCUGAUGUACAAGCCAAACUUCAUGAGGAAAUUGAUCAGGUGAUUGGAAGAAAUAGACUUCCACUGCUGUCUGACCGGAGUCAGAUGCCUUAUACAGAAGCCGUGAUCAAUGAAGUCCAGAGAUUUGCUGAUAUUUCUCCACUGAAUGGCACACAUUCAGUGACAAAAGAUGUCCAGUUCCGAGGAUAUACUAUCCCCAAGGGCACUGACGUCUACCCACUGCUCUGUACUGUUCACCGUGACCCCAGCCAAUUCUCUACACCGUACCAAUUCAACCCCAAACAUUUCUUAGAUGAGAAUGGUAAAUUCAAAAAGAAUGAUGCUAUGAUGGCUUUUUCUGCAGGGAAGCGGAGAUGUCCCGGGGAGGGACUCGCUCUCAUAGAACUCUUUCUAUUCUUCACCAUCAUCCUGCAAAACUUCACCUUAACCUCAGAGAAAAAGUUUACUGAAGAUGAAAUCGCCCCAAAAUUUACUGGAUUUGUGAACCACCCCAUAUGUUUUCAACUCUCUUUCAUUCCUCGAUAAUAUUUUUGUCAACUUGCAAAAUAAUGUCCUUUUGAAUAUAUUUUAGAUGUUUACCUAUAUAUUUUAUCAUAAUUCAUUGAUGUAUUUUAAAACUAUGGACUUUAUUACUUAUGAAAUAAUACCGCAAUUCACAUUUCUGUCUUUGUCCCUAUUAUAAAUCAAGAUAAAAUAAAUAUAUUUUCGAGCAUUUCAAAGUUACAAAAGGAUGUAGAAUAAAAAUGUUCUAGUGUAUUGCUUGCAAAAAUAUAUUGGUCAGAUUAGUGCAAAAAUGCAAGCGAUAUAGAGCAUUUAAAUCACUGGAGCAAAAUACAUACCGCUUUUGUGCUGGAAUAAUAAGUUCAUGGUUAAAUAAUUUAUAUACUGUUACAACUCCCUAAAUCCAGAAUUCCAAAAUCCAAACUUAUUCUGAAAUCAAAACUUUUUAAUUAAUAUUUUCUUAAAAAUAACAUGAUCAAAACUUACUAUUUUCCCUCCACCUCUAAGUCACAAUCUUCCCGGCCUGUGUCUUUGGUUUGGUUUUUGUGUUUUAAAAUGCAAAUAAUAGACUAUGAGGCCUAUGUAUCAAAGGUCUUUCGGACCUGAUCCGACAGUGCUGAUCAGGUCCGCAAGACCUUGCUGAAUGCGGAGAGCAAUACGCUCUCCGUAUUCAGCAUUGCACCAGCAUCUCACAAGAGCUGCUAGUGCAAUGACGCCCACUGCAGACUCGUGGCCAAUCGGCCGCUAGCAGCGAGGUGUCAUUCAACCUGAUCGUACUCGAUCGGGUUUAAUUGUGGCGAUUACUGUUCGCCUGCUCAGUCUUUGUGACCGCUGCUUCAUAACUGCUGUUUCUUGCGAGUCUGAAGGCUCGCCAGAAACACGGGCCCACCAGCUCCAUACAGAGCUUGAUAAAUGGGCCUCUGUAUGUUUAUUUAAAACAUCAACUAUUGCCUUUCUGAUUAGAGUACUCUACUAUCUUUCUGAUAGAACUAUGAAUACAAAAGCAUUAAAUAUGAUAUAAAACUACCUUUAGGUUGCAUGUAUGAGCUGCAUUAUUACAUGUAAAUGUUGCCUAAAUUGACCUAAGAUAUUGUUGUUUACACUUGGUUUUAUCUCUGCUCCAAUAUUCCUCAAUCCAAACCUUUUUCCAGUCCCAAGCAUUUUGGAUAAAGGAUUUUCUACCUGUAUAUCGUGCUCAAGGUAGUAGAAUGUCAAAUAGAGCAGGUGAAUUGUUUCCUUUAGAUAAUUAAAGGGACAGGAAAACCCUUUCAUGAUUAGGAUAGAAUAUAGAAUAUUAAACACGUUUGAAAUUUACUUCUGUUAUCAAAUUUGCUUCAUUAUCUUGUUAUCCUUUUAUGAAGGAACAGCAUUGCAUUACUGGCAGCUAGCUGAACAUAUCUAGUUAGCCAAUCACAAGAGACAAAUGUGUGCAGGCACCAAUCAGAAACUAGUUCCCACUAGUGUAGGAUAUGUGCAUAUUCUUUUUUGACAAGGGAUACCAAGAGAACAAAGCACAUUUGAAAAUAAAAGUGAACUUAAAAGUGUUUUAAAAUGACAUGUUCUAUUAGAAUCAUGCAAGUUUAAUUUUGACUUUCUUUUCCCUUUUCAUUUCUACAAGAACCCACACUAAAAUUCAUGUUGGAUAUGCUAAGCAAAUCAAAUUUGAAACAUUUUGCUUUAACUCAUAAAUGUCCAGGAAAACAUGGCCGAGGUGGCAACCCUAGUCUAUAGGUUGUUUGUUACAUUAAAAUUGAUUGAAAAAAAAAAAGCUUUGAGUGUAGGUCACAUGUUUCCUGUCUAGAGUCAGCGGAGGUCACAUGUUUCCUGUCUAGAGUCAGUGGAGGUCACAUGUUUCCUGUCUAGAGUCAGUGGAGGUCACAUGUUUCCUGUCUAGAGUCAGUGGAGGUCACAUGUUUCCUGUCUAGAUUGGAGCUCCAGUCUGCAGCUAGACUAUUUUGAGUAAUGCGCUAUUUUUCAAAAGUGCAAAAAGUGAAAUUGGUAGAUCUGUUGCAGACACACGAUUUAUUUAUGUAUUUUCACAAUAGUUUAUCACAAUAAGUUUCACUAAAGGAAAGAGGUGUUUUUCUGAAAUUCUUAAUAAAAAAGUUAAUCGCA